AUGAAUAGAGGGAAAUUAACGACAAAUUCAUCUACAGUUCCAAAAGGUCGUCGACGUAUCAAUAUCCAACAGAUGCAAAAUGUUCUUCUGAUCUGGUUAGACAAGAAUAUUAACGAGAACAACGACGACUGCCAAAAUACAAUUUCAAAACUGCGAUGUGCUGUGAAUGACAUCAGCACAUUUACAGAUGCUGAUCAAUGCUUUGAGUUUAUUGAAACAAUCGUCGACAAAAAGGUUUGUAUCAUCAUAUCUGGAUCACUUGGACAACAUACUGUGCCUCGUGUGCACAAUAUGUCUCAAGUUGAUUCAGUAUUUAUUUUUAGUGGCAAUAAAACAUAUCAUGAACAGUGGACUAAAGAUUGGCCCAAAAUAAAGGGUGUUUUCACAGACAUUACACCUAUGUGUGAAGCACUCAAGAAAGCUGCUUAUCAAUGUGAGCAGAAUGCCAUUCCCAUGAGUUUCGUGGGACCAAAUGAAAAGUUGGAACAAUUAGAUCCUUCUUUUAUGUACACUCAAAUGCUUAAAGAAAUAUUAUUAACCAUCAAAUUCGAACAAAAACAUAUACAAGAUUAUCUUAAUUACUGUCGCGAUGCUUUUGUCGACAACCAAGAAGAAAUGGUUAAUAUUCAAAGAUUAGAACGUGAAUACCGCAGCAAAACACCCAUUUAUUGGUACACCUGUCAAAUGUUCUUGUACCCCAUGCUCAAUCGUGCAUUACGGUUGAUGAAUGGUGAUACCAUUACACGUAUGGGUUUCUUCAUUGGCGAUUUGCAUCGACAAAUUGAACAACUGCACAGAGAACAAUAUGCUGGUACAACUGCUGCUAAUACCUUUACUGUUUAUCGUGGUCAAGGUUUAUCUACAGAAGAUUUUGAACAAACGAUGAAAACCAAAGGUGGUCUUAUUUCAUUCAACAACUUCUUAUCCGCUAGUAUAGUUCGCAAAGUUUCUCUAGAUUUUGCUCAAGAUGCUGCAAGAAAUCCGGAUCAAGUCGGUGUACUUUUUGUCAUGAAAAUCAAUCCUGCUCAAUCAGCAACACCAUUUGCUUCCAUUGCUGGUAUUAGCAAGUUUCAAAGAGAAGGAGAAGUCUUAUUUUCAUUGCAUAGCGUUUUUCGUAUAGAGAAUAUUGAACAGAUGAGUGAAAAUAAUCGUUUACAUGCAGUUUAUUUGACACUUACUGCCGAAAACGACCCGGAAUUGAACAGACUCACUGAUUACAUUCGAAAAGAGAGCUUUCCAGACUCUGAAGGAUGGUACAGAUUGGGUAGGGUAUUACGUAAAAUGGAUGAAUUUGACACAGCUGAAGAUAUUUAUCAAGUUUUAUUUAAUCAAACAAAGGAUGAUAAGGACAAGGCACCUAUUUAUGUUCAACUUGGUUCGAUCAAAUAUAGUCAAGGUAAAUAUCAAGGGGCACUUACAUUCUAUGAAAAAUCACUUGAUAUCUAUCAAAAAACUCUUUCUCCCAAUCAUCCUAGUUUGGCUAUUUCCUACAGUAAUAUUGGUAAUGUGCAUAACAGCAUGGGUGAUUAUCCGAAAGCACUUUCCUAUUUUGAAAAAGCCCUUGAAAUUCAACAACAAUCACAUCGUCCCAAUCAUCGUGAUUUGGCUAUACCCUAUGUUAAUAUUGGUAAUAUGCAUGCUGAGAUGGGUAAUUAUUUGAAAGCAAUUUCAUCUUUUAAAGAAGCCCUUGAAAUUCAACAGCAAUCACUUCCUCCCAAUCAUCCUGAUUUGGUAUAUUUCUACAACAACAUUGGUAAUGCGCAUUCCAAAAUGAGUAAUUAUCCGAUAGCACUUUUUUGUUUUGAAAAAGUCCUUGAAAUUCAACAGCAAUCACUUCCCCCCAAUCAUCGUGAUUUGGCUAUACCCUUUGUUAAUAUUGGUAAUGUGCAUGCCGAGAUGGGUGAUUAUCCGCAAGCACUUUUUUGUUUUGAAAAAGCCCUUGAAAUUCAACGACAAUCCCUUCCCCCCAAUCAUCCUGAUUUGGCUUCUUCUUACAACAACAUUGGUAAUGUUCAUUGCAGAAUGAGUAAUUAUUCGAAAGCACUUUCUUAUUAUGAGAAAGAUCUUGAAAUCAGUCAACAAUCACUUCCUCCCAAUCAUCCUGAUUUGGCUAUGUCCUACAACAACAUUGGUAAUGUGCAUGCCGACAUGGGUAAUAAUUCAGAAGCACUUUCAUCUUAUGAGAAAGCUCUUAAAAUUCAACAACAAUCACUUCCUCCCAAUCAUCCUAAUUUGGCUGCUUCCUACAACAAUAUUGGUACAGUGUAUGACAACAUGGGUAUAUACACAAAAGCCCGUACAUUUUAUGAACAUGCUAUACAAAUUGGACAACAAUCAUUACCUUCGAAUCACCCAAAUCUUCAACAGUGGAGAAAUAACCUCGAACUUGUAAAAAAACAAAUAAUAAAUUGUACUGUUGUGAAAUUUUUAAUGAGAAAUAAUUAA